UUGGAUGCAUUUGUCACCGGAUACGAUGAACAUGGUGGAUGAUGGCUGCCUCUCAACAGACAACUACCACGAUCUGGGUAAAGGUGGCGCGUCGGGGAUGGGAGGCCGCGUCCACAGCAUCGACGUGAUUCUGGGCUUCAGUAAAGACCAGGAUCCUCUGCUCAACCCGGUCGGGCCUGUCGGCACACACAAAGUGGAUGGAUCAGAUCUGGGAGAAGAAGAGAAACAAGUGACCUCUGACCCCUACGGUCACCUGCAAAGUCUUCCAGAUAAUUCACAGCAGUCAGCGUAUCACGAUACUGGACUUUACUCCACAGAGAAAUGCGACGCAGAUUUGGGAGAUCCACGGAGCAACGUGGAGAGCGACAGUCACUCACCGGACGCUCCUGAUGAGGAUCAACCUAAAAAGAAACACAGACGCAACAGAACCACCUUCACCACCUAUCAGUUACACGAGCUGGAGCGCGCUUUUGAGAAAUCCCACUACCCGGAUGUGUACAGUCGAGAAGAGCUGGCUAUGAAAGUCAACCUCCCAGAAGUUCGCGUUCAGGUUUGGUUCCAGAAUCGACGUGCAAAAUGGAGGCGACAAGAAAAAAUGGACACGGGAAGCAUGAAGCUCCAUGACUCGCCUAUGCUGUCCUUCAACCGACCGGCCAUGGCGCCCAACGUAGGGCCAAUGACUAACUCGCUUCCUCUGGACCCCUGGUUGUCCUCUCCGCUCUCCAGUGCCACUCCCAUGCACAGCAUCCCGGGCUUCAUGGGACCCGGCCAAAGCCUCCAGCCCACCUAUACGGGCCAUCCUGGCUUCCUGAACACUUCUCCAGGCAUGGUGCAGGGAAUGCAACCCAUGCCACCACCUCCUUACCAGUGUCCUCCAGCAUUUAAUGACAAAUACCCAAUGGAAGACGUGGACCGCAGCUCUAGCAUCGCAGCUUUGAGGAUGAAGGCCAAGGAGCACAUUCAGUCCAUGGACAAAACCUGGCAACCCAUGUAA